CACACACACGCACACACAGAUCCAGUGGCUGCUCUGUAUCUUUCACACUCACCCACUCUCAUCAUUUUCUCUCUCUCUCUCUCUCUCUCUCUCUCUCCCUCUCUUUCUCUCUCAGUCUCGCUACCUCUGUCUCUCACACCAUUCCUCUGGGCUGUGCAUCCUUCUUGCUUCUUCUCACAAGUCAGAGUGUGUUUGUAAGUACGUGCUGAAUGUCUCCCUGUGUAUGUUUGGGCUUCCUUCAGUCUUUUUGUAUGUGUGAGUGACUGGUUGCCUACUUUAGUGUGGCUGAGCAGAGCAGUGAGGUGUAUCAAGUGUAUGUGGGUCUCUGUCUCACCCUCACACACUCGCCGCUCCUCUUGCAACUCUUCUUGGGAUCUCUGGGUCCCUUUCCUCGGAGACAGGCUCCCCGCACCAAGCAGUCACCAUUUCCGCCCCCGGGAGACCCACGCUGGCAGCACAGCCCCUUCCCCGACUCAGCAUCGGGAGGAAGACCCUGGUGGCGGCUGCCGUAGGGGUUAUGCUGGUCCUGGUGCUGGUGGUCCUCAUCCCUGUGCUUGUCAGCUCUGUGGGUACAGAUGCCAGCCACUAUGAGAUGCUGGGCACCUGUCGUAUGGUGUGCGACCCCUACUUGAACAAGGGCACUCCAGCCAGCAGCACCAGCUCCACCGGUCUCCAGGCUGAGGCAGAGGCGUUGAGCGACCACAGCAACGUGCUUCCACCCUCCACCUUACUGCAGGGCCCACAGGGGAAGCCUGGCAGGCCAGGCAAACCUGGACCACCUGGACCGCCUGGAGAACCGGGGCCACCAGGACCAGCUGGGCCUCCCGGUGACAGAGGGGAUCAGGGAAGGACUGGGAUUUUGGGUCUGGGGGGAAAUGGAGCUAUCAGCACAGCCACCUACAGCACGGUGCCUCGGGUGGCCUUCUAUGCAGGGCUUAAGAACCCCCACGAAGGCUAUGAGAUCCUCAAGUUCGACGACGUGGUCACCAACCUGGGCAACAACUAUGAUGGUAUUUCGGGCAAGUUCAUCUGCAGCAUCCCGGGCACAUACUUCUUCAUCUACCAUGUGCUGAUGAGAGGAGGGGAUGGCACCAGCAUGUGGGCAGACCUCUGCAAGAAUGGCCAGGUCCGUGCCAGCGCCAUCGCCCAGGACGCUGACCAGAACUAUGACUACGCCUCCAACAGCGUCAUCCUCCAUCUGGACGCAGGCGACGAGGUUUAUAUCAAACUGGACGGAGGCAAAGCCCAUGGAGGCAACAACAACAAGUAUAGCACCUUCUCUGGCUUCAUCCUCUACGCAGACUGAGGACAGACAGACACAGAGACAGUCAGACAGGAAGAGAUUGAGAGAAAGAGUUGUACGACAGGAGGGGGGAGGGUGUGUGUGUGUUAAAAGCCGGAAUGCUUUCUAGUUUUCCUAAUUCUCUCCAUCAUCACGGACACCUCUGCUUCGUAUCCAUCAGCCAAGACACCCAGGCUCUGUAGCCGAGCCUGGAUGCAAAGCUCCUGAGGACACACUGAGAGGGGCCGGGCAGGCGGCGUGGGAGGAGUGGGACGUGGGGAGGAAGUGGGCUGGUUUUUCUGCGUUCCUCAACACAACGCCGAUGUGUCAGAAGCUCCUCAGUUUUAGUGUCUCUCCUCUUCAGCCCUGCUCCAUUGCACAGAAAUACCAACAAACAAAAACGAAAACCCUGCAAAAGUGGAUGAUCUCACCUCUUUUCUCCACAGUGGCAACAGUCAGCUGUGCUGUCAGUGGACUCGAUUGACUGAAACUUGUAGUGUUGUUCCGUGCAAUUUUCCUUAGAUUGUGUUUUUAUUUUGUAGACAUGCAUAAUAUUCUACACAAAUGAGAUUUAAAAAAAAGAGAGAAUAUAUUUGUCCAGUGUGAAGAUAUCCUGUUUGAAUGAGAGAACAGAUUUGUGAGAUGUUACUUGUGAUGCAGCUCAGAGAUCUAACAGCUGGAAAAGAAAUCUAUAAAUCAAGACUGUCAGUGUUUCAUGGCAGUUGGUGUUUUUCUCCAUCACUGGGUACAGCAAGGUAAUUAUAUAUAUUGUUCAAGUGGAGAAUAACAAUAUAUUCUGCACUGUACCUUCCAAUGUAUCUGAAAAAAGAAGCAUCUCAUAUAGACAAUACCCUUUCCACAAACCACCUCACACUUUCCACAAACACACAAUGUCCUGCUGCUGUUCGGAUUAAAAGUAGAGUUCAAAUCGUCUCUUGGAUGUUCUAGUUUUAUGUAGAUGCUCCGCUCGGCACAACCAGCCAUGUGUUGAAGCAAAAUCUGAGAUCAGAUUCUGAGUUAACCAAGUUGAAGAGCGCCUAUUCUUUCUUCUUCCCUGCUGUGCUGACCUCCAAGCCUUCUUUCACAGUUUAAAAAAAAAAAAAAAAAAAAAAAAUC